UUCCUUUCAUCCGUAACUAUAAAUAGCUUCAUCUUGAAGAACAUUUCCUCAGUUCAAACCUCCCAACAAACAAAAACCUCAAACCAAAAAAUGAGUGUGGAAAUCCUCGACGCUGCUACUAUUCUUAACUUCGUCCAAGACGAAAAAGCCUUUGAUGAAUUCGUGAACGAGCGUUUCGACAACCUCGACAUCAACCACGAUGGAGUUCUCUCCUAUGCGGAGCUGCUGAAAGAGUUGCGGAGUCUGAGGGUUUUGGAGAUGCAUUUCGGCGUAGAUGUGGAGACCGAUCCGGUCGAACUUAACUUGGUUUAUGACUCGAUGUUUGUUCAGUUCGAUAGGGACUCAAGCGGGGUAGUGGAUGUGGAGGAGUUUAAGGCAGAGACGAAGAAUAUGAUGGUGGCUAUGGCGAAUGACAUAGGGUUCUUGCCAGUUCAAAUGCUGCUUGAGGAACAUAGCUUCUUGAAGAAAGCUGUUGAGAAUGAGUUAGCAAAAGUUGCUAAUGCUGCAUAAUGAUUAAGUUCUCUAAUUUUUAAAAUGUUUUUUUUUUGGGAUAUGUUGCUUUUAAUUAAACAAAUUAAUUGGAUUUUUGUGUUGUAUGUCUGAAGGAAAUUUCUUGUCAGGGAAGAGAAUAUUGUACUAUUGAAUAUAAAAGAAAAAAUCUAGGGUAUGUUUUUGAAUUAUA